GGCUUGGGCCGUUCUGAGUAAUCUCAAUUGCUCCAUCCCUGGCUUCCGGCGGGCGAGGUUUUCCUUCCGGGUCAGCUCCCGGGAGGUGAGUGGCCCGGCAGCCGGGGCCGGAUGCGGAGGCCGCGGCCGGGCCGGGCUUGAGCGCGGCCCCCCGCUUCCCCCCUCCGGCGGCAAUGGACAAGAUCCUGGAGGGGCUGGUGAGCUCGUCGCACCCGCUGCCGCUGAAGCGGGUGAUCGUGCGGCGCGUGGUGGAAUCGGCCGAGACUCCGUUGAGCCAGGCGCAGUGCCGCGCCAUGUUCGCGCUCAGCACGCGCCUCAUCCUGCAGGGCCCCGACCCCUUCCAGCGCCAGGUGGGCCGCCAGGUGCUGGAGGCUUACGCGCGAUACCACCGCGCCGACUUCGAGGCCUUCUUCAACCGUGCGCUGGUGCUGGGCCUGCUGCGGGGCGGCUACGGCGAGCGGCGCCGCGGCGACCCGGCCGUGUUGGACUAUGUGCGUGCCGGCCUGCGCCUGCUUAUCAGCUGUCCCUCGGUGCUGGAGCUCUUCGAGGCCCUGCGGGCGGAGGCGCUGCGGCUGCUGGCUGAGCGGCCGGGCCCACCACUCUGUGCCCGCCUCUGCCAGCUGCUGGCCGACUUCCCGCAGUGCCUGCCCCGUGGCCGCAAGCCAGCCCUCGCCUUCUGCCAGCAGCUGGUGCGCACCAUGGCGCACUUCCAGAGCCCACCGGGCGGCCGUGAGCCUGACCUGCGCCUCUACGUCUCGCAGGUGGCCCAGGUCAGCAGCCUCCUGCGUGCCCUCUGGAAGGCUGAGCCCGAUGCCCUGCUGCCCUCCCUGCAGGAGCUCUUCGCCCUUAUCUCCUCCACGGAUGCUUCAUUUGAACCUUCUGUUGCACUGGCAAGCCUUGUGCAGCAUAUCCCAUUACAGAUGAUUACAGUACUCAUCAGGAGCCUUACUACAGAUCCAAAUGUAAAAGAUGCAAGUAUGACUCAAGCUUUGUGCAGAAUGAUUGACUGGCUGUCCUGGCCUCUUGCUCAGCAUGUAGAGACUUGGGUGAUAGCACUGCUGAAAGGACUGGCUGCAGUCCAGAAGUUUACCAUUCUCAUUGAUGUUACUCUGCUUAAGAUUGAACUGGUUUUCAAUCGACUUUGGUUUCCUCUUGUGAGGCCUGGUGCUCUGGCUGUCCUUUCCCACAUGCUGCUUAGUUUUCAGCAUUCUCCAGAGGCUUUUCACUUGGUUGUUCCUCACGUAGUCAAUUUAGUUAACUCCUUUAAGAGAGAUGGUCUGCCUUCCAGUACAGCUUUCUUGAUGCAACUGGCUGAGCUGAUACACUGUAUGAUGUAUCAUUAUUCAGGAUUUCCAGAACUCUACGAACCUAUUCUGGAGUCUAUAAAGGAUCUGCCCAAGCCCAGUGAAGACAAGAUUAAGUUGACUCUUAGUCAAAGUGCCUGGACUUCUCAAUCCAAUUCCUUGCCAUCUUGUUUAUCUAGACUUCCUGGAAAAUCUGAAACGGGGAAAACUGGUCUUAUUAAUCUUGGGAACACGUGCUAUAUGAACAGCAUUAUUCAGGCACUUUUUAUGGCCACAGAUUUCAGAAGACAUGUAUUAUCUUUAAAUCUAAAUGGCUGCAAUUCCCUAAUGAAAAAGCUGCAACAUCUUUUUGCAUUUUUGGCUCAUACUCAGAGGGAGGCAUAUGCUCCUCGGAUUUUCUUUGAGGCCUCCAGGCCACCCUGGUUUACUCCUAGAUCCCAGCAGGACUGCUCUGAAUAUCUCAGGUUUCUGCUAGACAGACUGCAUGAAGAAGAGAGAACCUUGAAAGCUUUGUCUUCAGCAAAGCUUCAUGAAAGUAUGAAUGAAGAGUCCCUGGCACAAGAAAUUGCCCACAAAGCACAGCUGUUUACUGAAGCACCAUGCACAGGAGGUGAAGAGAGAACUUUAAUUGAGAAAAUGUUUGGAGGGAAACUGAAGACCAGUAUAUGCUGUCUGAACUGCAAAAGCAUGUCUCAGAAAGAGGAAGCCUUCACGGAUCUCUCUCUGGCAUUUUGUCCUCCUACUUCUUUGGAAAAUGUUAGCUUGAAAACCAUAGCACAUUGUGAAGGGAAAGAUGCCUGUAUGUUGCAAGCUAGUACUGUGGCUGCUGAAGAGCCAGCACUUGAUAAUUCUUCAGCAGGAGGGGGCCAGAGGAGAAUAUUGACUGUAUGAAUUAGAGACACAGAGACAGAGAGAAAGAGGAGAGAGAGAGGGAGGAGAGAGACAGAGACAGACUGUCAAAAUACUAUAGACUCUGCUCUGAACAAAGUUAAGGAUCAUACAGAUGCGUCUCAGAAAGGAGUAAAUGAAAGUACUCCUUCAGUUACUGACUUACUGAAUUAUUUUCUGGCACCUGAGAUCCUUAAUGGGGAAAACAAGUAUUAUUGUGAAAAAUGUGCCUCUCUACAGAAUGCAGAGAAAACUAUGCAAAUCAUUGAGGAACCUGAAUACCUCAUUCUUACUCUCCUGAGAUUUUCGUACGAUCCAAAGUGUCACAUAAGACGUAAAAUCUUGGACAAUGUGUGUCUGCCACUUGUUUUGGAGUUACCUGUCAAAAGAACUGCAUCCCCUUUAUCUACAGUGUCAGGGGGUUGGCCUGAGGAUGUUGAAUUCUCUGACAUUGGAGAAAACCUUGCUAAAAAACUGAAGCCUUCGGGUGCUGAUGAAGUGAACUGCCCACAACUGGUGCCCUAUGUACUGAGUUCUGUUGUAGUGCACUCUGGUGUAUCCUCUGAAAGUGGACAUUAUUAUUCUUAUGCCAGAAAUGUGACGGGUUCAGUACUGUGCCAUCAAUCAAAAACUCUCUCUCUCAUUUCUCCUCACAAUAACUUAUUGGCAGGGGAGAAUCCCAGUGCAAUUAUAGAAAAUGACCCAGACACUAACGAGAUGUCAAAAGAAUGGUUUCUAUUUAAUGACAGCAGAGUGACAUUUACUUCAUUUCAGUCAGUCCAGAAAAUUACCAGUAGAUUUCCAAAGGACACUGCCUAUGUGCUGUUGUACAAAAAACAGUGUAGCACUGGUGGCUUCAAUGCCAAUUCAGCAAAUGGACUGUGCAUGAAUGGAGAUCCUCCUCUUCAGAAAGAACUUAUGGAUGCUAUUACAAAAGACAAUAAAUUAUAUUUACAGAUCAAUUUUUUGCAGCUACAUCAGAAAACUGAAGAACAAGAACUUAGUGCUCGAACACAGGCACUUCAAGCUGCCUCGGCCUCAUGCUCUUUUCGACCCAAUGGAUUUGAUGAUAAUGAUCCCCCAGGAAGUUGUGGACCAACAGGUGGAGGGGGUGGGGGAGGAUUUAGUACAAUUGGUAGAUUAGUUUUUUGACUCUGACGAAGAUCUGGAAUACACUGAACAGCCCAUUACUGCUUAGGACUGUUAAAAUAUUGAACUGUAUCAAAUGUUGUACCAAGUUCUGAGCUGUGAUCCUUGUUCAAAAACAAAUGUUGACUUUUUUUUUCCAGUUUUGUUCUUAUUUGAAAUAAACAAGUACAUCAUGGAAAAAUCUACCUCUUCAAACUCCAGUUGCUUUUAUAGUAAGACAGGCUUGGCCAAAAGACUAAAUGAAAAUGUGUAUGUAAUUCCUAAUGACGCUGCAUUGAACUUAAUAAAUGCACUUAAAUCAAUUUGUAUACCCCAACCAACUUAAUGAAGGAAGAGUUCACUUUUAUUCUUAAGAGAUACUAUCAUUUAACAUGCCAGUCCUUUCAGUUGAGUUUAAUUACAUACAUAGCACUUUCCUUCAGAAAUCUAUAAAUUGUUAAAGGUGCCAGAGAGGGUGCAACCUUAUAAUAAAGGCAAUAAGUUAAAAUGUGACCUGCUAUAGUACUUUCCAGGAUAAGUUAUUCAAAUUCACUAUAUUUCAAGUACAGAUGUUUAAAAAAAAAAUCAUUUAUACCUGUUUGCUAAAUCAUUUUCAAAGAAAAAAUGCAUGGUUUUGUUGGAGAAAUGUUUUUAACUAGAAAUUGCUAACUUUGUAGUAUUUCUAAUUGUUUUGAGGGUUUUUAAAUUAUUUCAGGGAGUAUAUCUGCUGUGUAUUUGAAAGAGGGUCUGUAUGUGCCUUGCAGUACUGUAACUAAAAUACAAAACUUUCUGAGGCUGCAGAAGAAUUAAAGAAUAUGAAAUGUUAGAAAUCAAUUUUGUGUUGUCAAUAUUAGGAGUUAAUACAUUUUUGGAAAGUUAUUAGAUUUUCCAGAAGUAAAAUCUGGUGAUUCUAAACAGAGUAAGUUUUGUUGUCCAU